AUUGUGGUGACACCGGCACAGGAGCCCUCACGGUGGAGUCGGCCAGGGCUGUGCGUUCCCAAAAUAUGACCAGGGGUGCUUGGAUGUGUCGGCAGUAUGACGACGGCUUAAAAAUCUGGUUGGCAGCACCCCGGGAGAACGAGAAACCGUUCAUCGAUUCAGAGCGGGCUCAGAAAUGGCGACUGUCUCUGGCUUCUCUCUUGUUUUUCACAGUCCUGCUCUCUGAUCACUUGUGGUUCUGCGCCGAGGCCAAGCUGACCCGGACCCGGGACAAAGAGCAUCACCAACAGCAGCAGCAGCAGCAGCAGCAACAGCAGCAACAGCAGCAGCAGCAGCAACAGCAGCAGCAGCAGCGACAGCAGGAGCCCUCCUGGCCCGCGCUCCUGGCCAGCAUGGGGGAGUCCUCGCCCGCCGCCCAGGCACACAGACUCCUCUCCGCCUCCUCGUCCCCCACCCUGCCCCCCUCCCCGGGAGGCGGCGGCGGCGGCGGCGGCGGCAGCAAGGGCAACCGAGGCAAGAACAACCGGAGCAGGGCUCUUUUUCUAGGAAACUCUGCCAAGCCGGUGUGGCGCCUGGAGACUUGUUACCCUCAGGGCGCCUCCACCGGCCAGUGCUUCACCGUGGAGAGCGCGGACUCCGUGUGCGCCAGGAACUGGAGUCGGGGGGCGGCCGCGGGGGAGGAGCAGUCGUCCAGGGGCUCUCGGCCAACUCCCCUGUGGAACUUGUCGGAUUUUUACCUUUCGUUUUGUAAUUCCUACACACUUUGGGAGUUGUUUUCGGGGCUGUCCAGUCCCAGCACUUUGAACUGCAGUUUGGACGUGGUGCUCACGGAGGGCGGUGAGAUGACCACGUGUAGACAGUGCAUCGAAGCUUACCAGGACUACGACCACCACGCUCAGGAGAAGUACGAAGAGUUUGAAAGUGUGCUGCAUAAGUACUUACAGUCGGAUGAGUACUCGGUGAAAUCGUGUCCUGAGGACUGCAAGGUAGGGGCCGUGGGUUCCUUUCCCCUCUACUGUGACUUUUCGUCGGUUUCAUUUGUUUAUCGGGCUGGGGUUGUUACAAGUUUAACCACGGUUUAUCUGGCUGUAUGA